AUAUAUAUAUGUCUAUGAGUUUAUCGACAUAAUGGCGUCGGAGUGAAGGGGCCAUUGUUUUGGUUUGGCACGGGCCAUGUCAACCAACGCGUUAACUGACGGAAUGGAUUCUCCGAGUAGUUCAGAAGCAGCAGAAACAGGAAGUUAUUCCAGCGUGAAUAUUUACCCUAUACCAGUGAAAGAUGGCAUCGAAAAGUGCGAUUUCAUCGCGUAUGUUGGAAGUAAUACGGGAGUUUUUAAAGGUGUUGAGUUCAAAAAGGACGUUGGACCAAAAUGUCGCAACAUUUUGGGUCCGAGUCAAAUGUCGGACAUCACCGCCAUGUCCUGGGGCGACACGGAGGAGUGUGACGUCUUGAUUGCCCUGAAGAACUCCACGGUCAGAGUUUUUGAUUCCAAGUACAGGAGAAACUUCGUGAAAUGCUUGCCUACGGAUCACACCCAAGGUCCGAUCAGAUCAAUCUCCCGCUACAACAACAUAAUACUGGCUGCGUUCGAGUCGGGUGUGGUGAAGAACAUGAAGAGCGAGGCGGGAGGCCAGGUGGUGCUGAAGACGGACCGGCACCUCUGGAGGAUGCGGCACAGCGAGGUGAACGGCGACCUGAUCGCGACCGGCGGCAGGGAGAGCAACAUGAAGCUGUGGGACCUGCCCACCCAGACCCUCCUCUUCGAGGCCAGGAACGUGCGGUCGGACGAGCUGGAACUGAGGGUCCCUGUGUUCGUGUCUGACCUGUGCUUCAUCCCGGGCACGCACAUGAUCGCGACCUGCUCCAAGCACGGCUACGUAAACGUUUACGACACUCGCUCACAACACAGACGACCGGUCCUGAACACGAUAAUUGCUGGGCAAGCGUUCACGUGUAUCGCAGCCGCCCCCAAGGACAGGCACGUGGUGGUGGGGAGCGGCCAGGGCUGCAUGUACCUGCUGGACAUGCGCUGGCCCAACAAGUCGUCCAGCCGCUUCAAGGGCUUCCACGGGGGGGUGAGCGCAAUCGCCUGCCACGGCUCCGAGCCCUACGUCAUGAGCACGAGCAUCGACCACGGCCUGCGCGUCCACAACCUGGACACCACGGCGCUCGUCCACAAGGUCGUUACUCCCGGGCCGCUUAAUUUUCUCCUGCUUCGCUCGGACUUCUCCUUCGAAGAGGAUCCUCCCUCCGACGAAAACGAAGACAACGACGACAUCAUGGUGUUGGAGCACGAUCGCCUGUUCAACAACAUGGAGACUAUUACCGAGUCCACUUUCAAGAAAAUGAAGUACAGUGUUAGCAACACCACGUGAAAAAAGUCUGUGCUCAGUCAGAACAUGAAUUUUUUUUUUUUCCUGUGGACAGAAAUGUGUCUUACAUGUUUGUAUGUUUAUUUUUAACUGUGAAGGAUCUUUAAUGCUAAGCAUAGUGUUCAUGAAAUAUUUUUAUCAAAAAUUGAUGAAUUGAAAGUUUUCAGUGUUAAUGCAGAGUUUUUUUUAAUAUUGUUUGAUGGAUUUUAUUUUUCUUCCAUUACCACCUAAAAAAAACCUUGGAAUUUGUGUAUAUUUUUAACGUGUCCAAAUAUUAGGUGAAAUAAAAUGUGAUGUUGAAGACUUUAAAAUAUUAUUUAAUUCCUAAAAAUUGAGCUUUUAGAACCUUACAUUUAAAUAACUCUUUUAUGAUUGGAAUUACCAAGUACAUACGUGAGUUCUUAUGGUGAAAGACUCACAAUAUGCAGUAGAAAGGUAUUUAAUCUUACAUUUUAUAGUUUUGCAUACCUAUUCUGUGAUUAAGCCCCAAUUUAUUUAAGUGGAUAUUUCCUGCUGUUAAACUUGCACUCCAGGUCAUGUUACUGCACUGUCCGUUUUUAUUUGGAUAAGAGUUUGUAAUUAGUGUCUGAUUUGAUCUGUGGGGAUAUAUUUUUUUGCAAUCUUUUUUUUUUUUUUAAUCCAUAAAUAUUCU